GUUAUAAUGCCAAAAACUACAGGCGAGGAUAUAGAAGCAGCUGAUUUGGAGCACUGACAGCGAGCACUUGAGUCUUCUUUCAUAGCAGAUUUUGGCGUUGAAGAAAUCAUUAAACAAGGAGGCCUCAUGCUUUACGAACGAUUUUUGGAUGGCAAAAUUGACGGUCAUCAGAUCGAUGUUGUCUCUUCAAUGGUUUUAGAUGCUGUACAGGUAACCCAGAUGAAACAUGAUGAGAAAAUUCCUCAAACAACAUAUGAAGAAUGGAGAGAAUUCAGAGACGAUGAACCUCCUGCAGCACCUUGUGAUCAUUGGGGGAAUGGAGGAGGCUAUAAAGUUGAGCAAAAGACAAUCCUAAUAGGUGUGAAAAGCCCAAGAUCUCCUCGUAAAAGACUAAAUAGGCAACUCUCACUAAAAAAGAGUAAGACUUCGACUCAGCCUGAGGAUAAGCCUUUAAGUUUAUUCUCAAAAAGUCCGACUAUGACCAAGAGUCAGAAGUACAGGAAUGGGAGAUUGGUCAAUAAAAAGAAAAUGCCGCGCCAGGUCAGCCUCAAAGACCCAGAUGAUCAAGAUCAUGACUAUGAAUACGAAGACCGGUGUGAUGGGUUUAGAGAUAUCAUCAACCUUAAACACAAGAGAAAAACUUUGAAGGAGAAAAUCUUGAUCGAAGAGAAAAUGAAUCGCCAAAUAAUCUUGGCUAAUGGGAAGGAAUUCAAGAGUGACCCUAAGCGUUGCAAACUUACUUACGACCAUCAUGGGAAGUUGAUAGUUUACAAAGAUAUCAAUGCCGAUUACCUAACUCCGCUACAGAAGAAUGAACAUGCUGAUUACUGUCUGGGGAAAAGAUUUAGAAGACGGAAGAGUAGCCAGGAAACUCCUCAUAAUCUAUCCAGGAAUGAAUCUGAUAGAAGCAGUGAAGAAUCUCAAAAAUCUUUGAGCAGCUUUGACAUGGAUGAUAUCUCAAAGCCUUUAGCGAGUAAGGGGAAAGAGGCUCAACAUUGCCAGCCACUUUCAUGAUUGAAACCUCCUCUUGGGACAAUGGUGAAACUCAAACCAGGAGUUACCUUGAAAAAUGAAGUUCAAAAUCCAAAGAAGAGACUUUCAAGAAGAAGGAAAACUCGCUCAAGAGCAAGGAAGAAGGUAGUUGAAAAGAGAAAGGACGAAUAUAAUCAAAAUUUACUAGUCCCUGGACAGUCUAGCAAUGUUGUAUCCACAUCAGGCAAGGGAUCUUCAAGACAGUCUUCCAGAUCUGAUGUGAGUUCACUUUCUAGACCUACCUCUAAACUUGUUGCUCCAAAAGAGCCAAAAAUUAUUGAAAAGAAUCAAGAAGAUGAAGAAAUUUAUAGGCCUCUGAAAGAUAGAAUUCUAAUAAAGGGCGAUGCAGCUAAUAAAACUUUGUGUAAUGAAAGUGAUACAAGAGCAAGAAUGAAGAUACGCUUGAAAAAGACCCAUUCUUUUUACAGUACAAAGAUUGUAAAAGCUAGGAACACCUAUUCUAAUAAUCGGUAUAAUCUAGGAAAUAGCUCCCAAGACCCCCAAAGGAGAAGAGAUGCUAUUGGGUUCAAAACUGAAAAUAAGUUCUUUCAUAAAAGAAAUGGCUCAAAAGAUUCAAAUUACCAAACUAACUCAAAAGAAAGGAUGUCAACGACUUCCUUCACAAGAUAUGCUAGGAAUACUCAUGGAGGAGCGAAUAUCAAGGUUUUUCAAAGAAAUACAGACUUAGGAGUUACGAAUACUAACUCCAGUGCUAAGUCUUUGAAAAGAUCUUUUAAUAAAUUUGACAGCUUUAACCGCACAAUUUUGAAUAACAAUCAUGAUUUGUCACACCAAAAGGUGAAGAAAGGAGAUAUCCAGAUGGCUUUUAGGCCAAUAAGGGACCCAAAUGUGAUCAAUUCUUAUCACUCAAUCACAAAUCCAGCGCACUUAAAAAGCACAAAGAUACAAUCUCCAAGUAAAUAUGCUCUCUUAGAUGAUGACUACAAUGAAAGUCUUGGCUCUCCGGUUCUUCGGAGCAGCUAUCUUCACAAAUUGAAGACAUUUUCAAAGCUACCAAGAGAGAGGUUGCCUCACCAGUUAAUGAAGCAGAAGUUGCGUAAGGUCCAGUUAGACCACCUCUAGGCAUAAGCUCCUAUUUUCCACAU